CAGUUCCAGUAUAAACUUGGCAUUUGCUGACGACGCUGACUGUUUGAUUUACCUAGAGUAGAGAAUCUCAAAACUUGCAGCUGUGACGUAAUCAAUCAUGUGGCCGCCCAUCCACGCCCACUUUGGCUGGCUUUUAAGCCUGGCUCUCGUCGUUCUCCUGAUGAGCCUGCAAAUGGUAACGGUAUCGGGGAUCGAGUGCUAUGUGUGCGACACGAGCGAUACGGAGCAUCCGUUCCAGUGCGGAGAGUGGUUCGAGCGAUACGACAUACCGGACAUCCAGCCCCAAAAUUGCUCCAGUGUACAUGGCGCCCAGUUCUGUGUGAAGCACGUGGGCCGUUUUGAGGGUGGAAUUGGGGCGAAGAGGUUCUGCAGCUCGAAGGACAUGGGCAACUAUUGUGACUAUGUGCGAAACAAGGGCGAUCGCAUGGACUAUCGCAGCUGCAUUUACACUUGUGAUACGGACGGUUGCAAUGCGGCUGGACGGCUGGAACUGGAAUGGGGCGUGGCAGCGGCACUCCUCACUCUCACUUGGCUCUUACGGCACUGACAGCAUUGGCAUCGGGCGGAUAGAGAGAGAGCUGCAUCACUACUUUAAUUUUUUUUGUCGUUAAUUAUAAGUUGUAACAAAGUAACUGACACACAAAACAGACACUGUAGUAUAGGUAAAAACACAAAAACAAAACCAAAACCAAAAAUAUAUCAACAAAAACCGAGAAAAUCACCAA